AUGGCCGUUUUAAACCCGGGCCGGUCUGGCUUGCUCGCCCUCGGCACAGACGCGCUCUUAGAUUGGCGGUUGCAGGCGAUGGCGCAGCUUCUGCACGAUGAGAAUAUCGAUAUUUGCAUCACCCCCGGUGCGCGAUUCCUGCCGGGUGCGGCGCUGCCGGCAGGGUACCCGUACUGUUGGCUGGGCGAACGCUCUGCUUCGUGGGGCGCUGUCGGGAUCUUCUUGCGACCCGAACUGCUUCCGGUAGUCCGCCCGCUGCCUGACGUCUCGUCUGCGCGGGUGCAGUGGUUUGAGAUUUGGACCUCGUCGAGCGGCACUACUGCCGCGUCGGGGCCGUCUCUUGUUUUUGCCGCAGUUUACCCAGCGCCAGGCGGCGACGUGGAAACCUGGAGCGCGAUCCUUGGUGAGCUCACUCGAUUGCGCUCGCGCUUUCCGCAUGCCUCGUUCCUCGUCGCUGGGGAUGCAAAUAUCCAUCUGUCCUACGUCCUUUCGCACCGCCCAGGGCGCGGCUGCUGCCAUUGUCACCAAUCCCCGGAAGAUCGCGAUAUCGAGGCGAUGCUGUGCGCUGCCUCGCUCAUCGCGUGCAACCCGCCGGCGCCCACGCACGAUUCUGGCACGUGCAUUGACCUUGUCCUCGCGGACUUGGGCCAACAGAUCUCCGUUGCUGUCCUGGAGGCCGUGGCCGUGGCCUCUGACCACCGCCUGCUGUGCUGGUCAAUGCCGUGCCAGUGUGACCGCUCCGCUCACGUAGGUUUUGGCCGAGUUAGCUGGCGCGCUGAUUCCCAGUGGGAUGACGCCCUUAGCGCGGUGGAGCCGCUUCUCCAAUUUGCAGCGUCUGCCGUUGAGCUGUGCGUGCAUGCGCCGUGGCUCCGCCCUCCGUGGAGCGGAGGCCAGGCCUCUGUCGCCCAGCGCCGCGUGCUCCUGGACAUGGCCGCGUGGUCACGUGACGUGCUAUACACUCUUGCGGGCCACGCUGCGGGGGUCACCCGUGCGGUGGCGUCGGCGGCGUCUCGCAAGCGACGCCGGCCCGUUGGGCCAGCCCCGGCGGAUUUCUCUCAUCACCAGGCCUUUAAGAAAGCGGCCACGCAGGCAGCCUGGGAUGCUAGGAGGGGCGCGGCCCAGCGUUUUCCCCACCUUCGGGCUUUGAACCCUGGGGCAGCGGAGCGCUUCCUGUCCUCUUUCUUCGCUGGCCCAGACAGGUUUGAGAUCGCACUCGCCGACCCUGCCACGGGACGGGGUUUCAGUGCCGACGAGAUGCUCCAAGCCAUCGAGCAGGAUCUGCAGGCGAGGGCCUCCAACAACUUUCCACAUGACCGUGAGGCAUGCCUCGUCACCGCACGGGCGGUGUCCGCCGUUCGCCAGAGCGGCGCGGCUCGUGCUGGAGCCGGUCUCUCCACCAGGCGCCGGCGCCUUUACUCCAUGGCUGAGCUUGCGGGCGGGGUCGGGGACCCCUUGCUUUUGUUGCUAGCGCUGCUGCUCCACGCGCAGCUCCGCGGCGCUCAAGGGCCCCCCACGUACUGGGCGCUUACUGACCUUCGCUGGGCCUUUGACGUGGCCUCGCAUGAUGCCAUGCGCCUGUCGUCGUAUCUUGCUGGCGUGGUGGAGGACGAGUGGCUCCUGUUGGAUGAUUUCAUCCAGAUGGACAUCCAGUUUGUAGCCCUCCAGGGGCUGGCGUCUGAGUUUUUUCGGCUGCCCUGCGGCACCGCUCAAGGUAAGCGUUUUUCGGCGUAUGUGUUUAAUGCCGAGGUGGAGUGGCUAGCUGAUGCUGUAAUGGCUGUCCUGCCGCAGGGUUGUGCAACCUGGGUUCCGCCGGUCUACCGGCGCGCUUGUCCCGUUGGCGUGGGCCCUCCCCCUCCCUUUCCACUCCGCCCCCCUUCACCCCCCUCCGUCAACGCGGCCGCGGCGAUCGCGACUAGCGUCUCCGCAACGGCACUGGGCGAGGGCGCGCCGUGGGCUCGAGCCGCGGCGGACCUGGCCGAGUGGGCGUGCGGAGGGGCCACUGAAGCCGAUCGUGCCGCAGCCCAGGACGCGCUGGGUGCGGAGCACUUGCAGCCACUGCAGUUCUCUGACGAUCUGAUUGUCCCUUGCCCGCCCCCAGGCGCCCUCCGCGCCGUUGUAUCUGCCGAGCCAGAUUCUGCGUGUAGCCGGUUUGCCCGCGCUGUCCGUGCCGACUUUAAUUACGCCUCUGGUAAAACAGCGGCCAUGGCCGUUGCUGGUAGCCCCGACCCCGGGUGGGUGGGCUGCCCCGUCGUGGAUCAGAAGCUGGUGCUUGGCGAGGUGGUCGUUGCGCAAUGCGGCUGGACGUGCCGGUUGGGCACGCGGAUGCUCGAGCGAGCAAUCAUGGCGCGCGCCCGUCUUUUAGCGCAGCCUCCCGACCACCCCGGCACCCGCAUGCUCGCGCUGGCGCGCCGCCUCACGCGCGCCUCCUGGGCGAGCGCCGUCGCCGCCCGCAUGGCAGAGCUCACGCCACCUGUCCUGGACAUCGAUGUCCACCCAGCUUUCCGCCACCCUCUGCGUGGCGCCCAGGGCUCUCUGCAGUUGCGUAGGUCUCUGCUGCGUGACUUCAAACUCCAGGUGGUUCGCCCGGCCCUGCGGGCGCGCGAUCGGGCCGCGUUCCAACGCGCGACCGGCGCCUGUUUGCCCACGCUCGGGAUGUCCUUUGCUGUGCUCGUCCCCGAGCCCAACCAGCUACCGAUGGCCGCGCAGCGUGCCGAUUUGGAGUCUCGCGCCCUGCUCCCGCCGCUAUCGCACGCGGCCGUGUACAUGUACCAGCUCUUCCGCGAGGGGCCGCCGCCUGAAGAGAGGUGCCGGUCGGGGAGGGGUCGCACUGGCCGCGAGGCCAGGGCGCCGUUGCCCGCGGUGGCACGCACCAACUCGGCAGUGCACGCGCCCCUGCUGCUGGCGGCCGCCGGGCUUUUAGACCCAAGCGAAGGGGCGCAGUGGAGUGAGCACCGCCUCACACAGGCCUGGUGGCAGCCGACGGUAGAGACGCUGCGGCUUGCGGAAUCCGUGUUGACAGGGCCCUUUGUCGAAAUGCUGGCGCACACCGACGCCCGGCCCGGGGAAGUACCAGCGGUGCUUGCUGCAGACGGGGGAGAGCGCCCAGGGUGCGUAUCCUUUGCGCCAGUCGCCCAGGCCGCGGCGCACAGCAUCACCGGCUACAUGCAGCCGCUGGCGCCCCAGGGGCCGGAGCUGCCCGGAGACCAGCGCGCGAACGGCCCCGCCGCCGUGGCGGGCAGAGGAAGCCCGAGCAGCGGCAGCGAGGGCGGAAACACGGGCGCAGAGGAUGGAGACGCCAACGACGGCGACAGCAAGUCCAGCACCGAGGAGACUGACCACGAGGCCGAGCCAGCGCAGGCCCCAGCCCCGAGCAACGGACCCGCCGAAGAGUCCUGGGCAGCUCUCGGGGGCAUCGACCUCCAACAAGAGCUACGAAGAUUCGUGCCGACACUACAGAACGUGCCGCGUUCCCUGCGCGCGGAGACCCGGAUGGCGUUCACCGCGGCCCUGAAGAGGAUCAAACGAGGACACGACCAGGGCAACCAGGCAACAACCCACCAAGGAUGGACACUGUUCCUCCUCGCCUCGAGGCUCCUGCUAAGCAAGCCCAAGGGUGCCGACGCCGAGGGCCGACAAGAGCUCUUGGAACGCGCCCAACGCUUCCGCCAGGGCGACUGGCUGGCCCUGCUACACGAGGCCAACACCACGACCAGCGCGCGCAGCGCCGAGGUCAGCCACAGAGGACCGUCUGGGGUCCGCGUUGAGCACCUCAAGCCGCUGCUGGAACACGAAGAGCCCAUGGGCCUGCUUGGAUUCGCCGCCGCUGCCCUCGCGGAGGCGCGGGUGACCCUCGAGCAAGGGGGCUUCCUGGUCGCUUUCUUGGACGACGUGUACAUCAACGCCACCCGGGCCAGGGCCAGAGCCGCUUUGGACACCGCCACCGGAGCAAUUCACCUUCACGCAAACGUGGAUUGCCACCUUGACAAGUGCCGGGCUUACAGCAGGGGCGGAGGCGCAGCACCGCCCGGAAUCGGCGAGCUGGGACAAGACGUCUGGAGUGGCGACAGAGCGCCACCCGACCGAGGGAUCAAGAUCCUAGGACGAAGAGCAACGGGCGCGCGCACUGGCAGCAAUGCCUGGGCGACGCGCACGUCCCCGGCGGCCUACUGGGGCGCUUGGGCAGACGCCCUACACAUGCUCCACCAACGGCGCCCUGUUGAAGCUGCAGCGAUCAGGGAUUCCCUCGACGGCACCAGGCCCGGCCGUAGGGGCAACCUUGCCGCAGCCGCCGCGGCCGCGCAGCUGUUCGAAACCGAAGGCUUCCGGAGAUCUUUCUGGACCGACCUGCUCCAGGGGCUGCGCCCAGAAGCGCCGCCGCGCUCGGAGGCCGCCGAACCGGGAGAAUGGCAGCACGGCUGGCAGUUCCACGCUUAUUCCGCACGCAGCACCCACUACAGGGGCAACGUGUUCAUGCCCAGCCUCACCAUGGCCAACCAGGCCAUGCGAAGGUCAGGCUCAGGACCGCGGGCCGCCUACUGGCUACACACCGUACCCACCGCCGAGGGGCGCGAGUUCAAGCCCGCGCGGUUCCUGGCAGCCCUGCGCCGGCGCCUCAGGCUGCCGGGCCCGCUGGACCCGCUGGGAGACCACCUAGCCGCGUGCCCACGCACUGGGCUUUUCGCCAGACGCGCGAAACCGCUCGGACGAGCUUGGGCGAGGGUCGCCAGAGAAGCAGGAGGGAGAGUUGUCCCCCAACAGCUGCUGCGGGACACUAACGCCGUUGUCCACAACCCGCUGGGCCGCAGACAAUUAGACUUAGUCGUCUACGGCAUUUUGCCGAACGGCGCCCCGCUGUGCUGCGACAGCACCAUGGUGCCCCCCCUCCGCAGGGACGGCCGGCACCGGCCGCGCACCUUCGACACCGACGGCGCCGCGCUACUUGUGGCCGAAAGGCGCAAACGACGCAGGUACCACGAACUCACGACCAGCCAAUCAGGCCGCCUCAUGGUCCUCUCCUGCGAGCUGGUAGGCCUGCUUGCCAAGCAGAAGGCGCGGGCCGCGCCGGCCCUCCCCCGCCGCUCCGCGGAGCUCGCGUGCACCAACCGCUGGUGGGGGUUCUUGAGCGUCGCGGCCCAGGACGCGCUCAUGGCCACCCUGACGGGCGACGGCUACCUAGCCUGGGGGAGAGCCGCCGGGGGGGGCGACCCGGACCUGGCCGAAGUGCUGCUCGCAGACUCCGCCGGCCCACCCGCUAGCCGCCUGCCAGCACGUCCCUGA